UGGGAUCUGUCAACAUUCUCCGCGACUGCUCCUCCCUCGGCCUUAGACCACGCCCACCUCCUCUGACGAAACGCUCUCCUAUUGGUUUAGGCGAAACCGAAAACCACGCCCUCCACCAUUUACCGCCUUCCCAUUGGCCCUCCGCCUUGUCAGUCACCGUAUGUCAAACGAAGCCGUGCUCCCGUUUAUAUGAACUAAGAAGUCCCCCCGAAGCGUCUGAACUCCUGGUAGUUCGUCCCACUUCAUCUUGUUUUGUUUUUUUCCUCCCUCAGCCCGGGGUGAAGUGCAGAGUUUUUAUUUUUCCACCAGAGCAGAUUUCUAGUUUUGCAUCUAUAUAUAUCUAAAUAUAUUCUAUAGAGAGACUUAUAUUUAUAUACACAAGUAUGGAGUUGAACUCUCUGUUAAUCCUUCUGGAGGCAGCUGAAUAUUUGGAGAGAAGAGACCGAGAAGCAGAGCACGGCUAUGCAUCAGUUUUACCCUUCGACAGCGAUUACUCCUUGAAAAAAACCAAAGCAGCCUCACUAUCUCGAAAAUCCCAGAAUAACAGGUCAUCGCACAACGAACUAGAAAAGCACAGGCGAGCAAAACUAAGGCUGUAUCUGGAGCAGCUGAAGCAGCUUGUGCCGCUGGGACCUGAAAGCAACAGACAUACCACUCUAAGUCUCUUGAAAAGGGCAAAAAUGCACAUUAAGAAAUUAGAAGAACAGGACCGAAAAGCACUGAACGUUAAAGAGCAGCUUCAGAGAGAACAUCGCUACCUCAAGCGCCGUCUAGAGCAGCUCUCCGUACACGGGAUGGAGCGCAUGCGCACUGACAGUAUGGGCUCCAUCCUAUCCACUGACUCUGAACAAGAAGUGGACAUCGAAGGCAUGGAGUUUGCACCAGGAGAAAUGGACAGUAUUGGAAGUGCCAGCGAUAUCGAUGACCACUACAGUUUGCAAAGCAGCUCAAGCAAUAGCAGCUACACACAUUCCCUGAGACUUAAUUCCAGUCUCUUAUAGUGGCCAAAAUACUGGACCAACUCAGGACCAUCCGGCUGAAGGCACUUAUGUUGAAAAAAAACAAAACAAAAAAAAACUUUAUAAAAAAAAAAAAAAAACUAAGGAAACAACUGAAAAAAAAAAAAUGUGUUACCUGCCACUCAGCCAGGACUCGAUCCAAUGUUAAAGUCCUGCAGAGGAGCAUUCUUGCUGAGGGGCUCCCUUCGUCUCAACAUACAGCACUGGAGACCACAUCCAACUUCUGGUGGAAUCCUGUGUUGUCAUCUGGCGGGGAGGAGGAUGUUAUGGUAGUAGCAAAAAAAAAAAAAAAAAAAGUUAAGCCCAGUUUUGCAGUCCUAUCAUUCCAUUAUUAAGUAUUACAUGAAUAUACAGAAGAAAAAAAAAGCAGGUCAGAUAUUUUUGAUUACCAGAGAUCAUAUAGUUUUUCAGAAUGAAGUAGUAUUUGUACACACCGGCGAAUCUUCAUAGCUAGACAUAACAAAAUAAAGGUUUAUGGCUUGUCUGAAGAACAGGUAGUAGGACUUUAUCAGAGUCAGUAUUUCAAGCACUUGGAUUGGGAGAGCAGGAGGAGAGGAGCAAAAAAUGUCCCUAACUUCUGGUGGAGAUUACAAUGUACAGGUUGUACUGUAUACAAGGACGCAUGGAAAGGCUGUUCUAAGAGUGACUUCAUGUAAACGCACGUCGCAUUCUAUCUCUUCGCUGCUGACCAAUAUGCUUUUACAUUGCAGUAUAUGGUGCUGCGGAUUAGCCUAAGGCAUACCGAAUAAAAUCUCAUGUUCAGGGGAAUGGUCUUUCGAUAUUAGGAUUACUGCAUGCAGAUAAUACGGGACAGAUUAUAACAGAACCUCAUGCAGAGGCAUACCUUAGUGGUGUCAAAAAUUGGACCCCCAUUAUGGUGCUGGGUCUGCCCCCCCGGUUCUUUUAGUGACCCUUGGGCCAAUUCCUUUCCCUUGCUUUUUGCUUACUAUGCAGAGGGUGGAGUCCUACAGAGGUUGUCAGUGACAAUGGGGACGAGACCAAAGGCCACAAUGUCUGCCUAUAUGAUUUACGUGCCCUUGGUUGACUUGGAGUUCUACAUCAUGAUAAUAAUAAUAACACAAGAUAAUAAUGAAGUAAUGAAAUGCUGCGGGGGCCUCUGCUAAAAACAUUGAGGGGAUUUUAGCCUUUGCAACUUAUUCACGCUUGCCCUUUCUUCUUUUUGCCAGUUGUACUUGCACAAAGUUCAGUAGCACAAUGUAUCGGCACAAAAAUUUUUUCAAUGCAUAUUUUUGGACAUGGGAUUUGUACGCCACCUAUCAAGUGGAGUGGAGUUGCACAAAACCUUUGCAACUUUUUUAAAAAGGUGUCUAAAAACUCACUACACUUAAACUACGAUUGAAAUCACUCCAUUUGGUUGAACAAAGUGCAAAAGUACCUAAAACACAGAAUAGUCGCACACUUUUUAGAGUGAUGAGACUUGUGCAAAAACUGGCAUGCAAGCCUUGAUAAAUUUCCCCUAUUGUCCGAUAUGGCAGAAGUGUGUCCCCCCCCAAGUAAGGAGUUCUUAUUGGAAAAUAUUACUUCUGCAGCCGCUAUUGCUAUGUCUAUCACAACACCUUAAUGUUAUGGGUCUCCAGUAUUAUCUGAUGCAGUAUACAGUGGCGGGACCAUCUAUCUAAGUCUUCUAUAUUAUGCACUCGUGAACCUCCCCUGAGACUCCCCUCUAAACAUGGUACUCGGUUUGAUAACACAAAAGCUGUUUAGAAUUUAAUGACUAAGGAGAAAACUGCUUGUUAUGUGUGUAACCUUUCCGCUACCGAUGCAUUUUUACUGAAGGCAUGGCUUACGGCUGCUGCGUAUUACGUUGUGUUUCCUCAGCACACUAGGAACUAUGUUUUGACGUCUAGAAUGAAAAAAAUAAGUAACAAAAAAAAUGUAGGGAAAAAAAUCAUGCUGUGAAACGGCACUGUUUAUUUUGUAUACUUUAAAUAUGUAUCUAUGAGAAUUGUAGCAAUACUAUGAAGUCGUAGUCUAGUUUUUAUUUGUGUAACACAGCCUCAUUUUCUCUUGUGAAGUCUGUUAGAGCAAGGCUAGGUGGGUAGAUGGUAGUGCGACCGGUGCACGCUGGGGCUACAUGGGUGACAGUGUUAGAGCUGCCAAAUGCGUUGCAGACUUUGCUGGGUGGUGAAUCCCAUGACGGGUGAGGAGGCGGAGCCAUCUGGAGUAAAACUGUUUUCUGGAUGCACUGACAACAUGACAAGCCACCAUUGGGUUACAUCAGGCAAAGUCUGUCGUGUAGCCCCCAGUCCUGGCUUAUUAUUACAGUGGAGAGAGCCACUUUGUGGGAUCAACCAAUCCAGAUGGGGAACUUUAUGGUAACACUAGUUGAUAAUAUUUUCUGGGACUUCAGAAUAACAGCUAUUAGAUUCUUUUCACACCUACGUUAUUGGUUGGUGUUUUGUUCCAUCAUAGGAGAACCGAAAAUGUUCAAAUGUAAAUCCAUCAUAAAGUGCCAACAAAUCCUAUUGAUCUAUAAUGGGAUCCACCGGGUUCCAUCAUGGUGGCCUUUAUUUUACCGGAAUUAUAGUGCAGCAUGCUGCGCCAUUCUCUUUACUCAAACGAAAAAGGAUCUGCCAAGGAGUCUUCUAACGCAGAGGUCCCCAACCCAGUCUUCAAGGUCCACCAUCAGUUCAGGAUUUUUUCCUGUUCUAUUCCAAUGGAGUAACUUACAAAACCCGUAAUAUUGGUGGGCCUUGAGGACUGUGUUCAGGAACCACUGUCCUAACAGAUUCUCCAAUGCUGAUGUGAACAGAGCCUAGUUUCCCAGUUUAUCUGCAGUAACGCCAAGUAAUUUUAUAAUGGAGAGUGCUGAAACUUUCUAAUAUACCUGUUUCUAUUCCUCAACAUUCUCAGGUUUCACGCCUCUCACGUCACUUUUUAAAAGUGACCCCAAAAACUAGUGGGGCUUAGCGGGAUGGUCAUGGCCUCCGUAUUUGUUGUAAAUUAUAGCAGAACUGUAUGCAGCUGUACAUACAUUUAAGGGCCAGGUGCCGGGACAGUCAAGAUUGCACCCCCUUAUUAAAUUUGGCAUAUCUUACUUAAAGGGGUACUUCGCUGCUCAGCAUUUUGAACAAACUGUUCCGAACGCUGGAGCCGGCCCCGGGAGCUCAUGACGUCAUAGCCCCCUCCCAUAGACUUGCAUUGAGGGGUAGGGGGCGUGACAUCAUGAGGGGGCGGGGCUAUGAUGUCACGAGCUCCUGGCUCCAGCGUUCGGAACAGUUUGUUCCAAACGCUGAGCAGCGGAGUUCCCCUUUAAGUGCAUCCUUGCAUUACGACCAUCGUGAAAAACUGUGCCCAGCAUUUCAUAAACUUAUCCCCUAUUCACAAUAUAGGGAACAAGUAUCUGAUCUCCAGGGGGAGGUCCGUCCUCUGGGACCACCCACGAUCUUGAAAACGGGGCCCUAAAAUCUCCCUGCUGCAUAGAGUGGAGGGACAGGACGUGCUCCAUACUUUGUAUAUAGGAGCACCAUAGAUACCCAUUAAGGUUCCCAUAAUAUAUUAGAAACUUUUUAUUAGACAAUGACCCAAACUUUACGGAUUAGACAAGCUUUUUAACACUAUAAUAAAAAAUGUUGUUCCCUAGCCACUUUUCCAGGAGUCACUCUCCAUGGAGGUCAUUUGCGUCCAUAGACAUCUAUGACACCGGCCAUUUUGAAUUAGAACAAAUAGCUGCGUUUCUGAAGUCCCGGAACAGCAUUGGUUGUAAUGGCCACCUCUACCACGUGAUCAAGACAGUACGAUUUGUGUCAGAAUGUCUUAUGUUCUGGGUAUCCAGAACAUAUAGAAAAAAAGUUAGGGGUUGUAGUAAAAGACGAUAAAGCUAUUGACACUUUUCUGAAGAGUGAUUUUAGUAAGUGUAGUCUAUAUUUCCUGUAAAAGAUUUUGUAUUAUAUUUUCCUAAAUGUUCUCAUUAUAUUAGAGGAGGGGAGGGUGGGGGGGGGGGAAGGGGAGAAUCCAAACUAGAGUCUCAGGGACUCUUUUAUUUUUAUUUUUUUCAUAUUGUGCCUUGUUAAUCAAUUAUAUUUUUUUCGGCUAUUUCCGAGAUUAUUUUUAUUUGGUUACGAGACUUUAUUUUUAUUACAUGCAACGUGUCACAUCUAUGUCCAGUGUACGUCAACUAAUAUAGGAAGUUGAAAUGAUAGAUAUACAUGGAAAUACAUAAGAGCCCCCCCCUUCAAACCCCUGUUGCAAAACUACAACUCCCAACAUGCCCGGACAGCCUCUGGCUGUCCGGGCAUUCUGGGAGUUGUAGUUGUGCAACAGCUGGAGGUACACUGGUUGGGAAACACUGCCCUGAUGGGAAAGGCAAAAGUUCAAAUCUAUAGUGCCCUAAGACUAUAAACACUAAUUCAUCUGCAUUUUAUCUUUAGGCUACUUUAGUCUACCUUACCGUAUAAUAAUGGCAUUUUAUAUCAGUGAAUUAUUCAUAGCCAUGUUUUAAGAUUUUCUACUUUUUAGUAUCUUAGUCCACUCGUGUUGAGCUUGACUUUACUUUGUCUAGCUACCACUUGACUUCCUCGACCACCAUUGGAGCACAUGUACUGUAGAUACUCUUGCCGAAUUAGGAAGGUAAAUCUGCCAUACAAUACACUGCCUCACCUUAUUAAACAGACUCAUUUUGGGUCAUACUUAUAGGAAACGGGAGGCACCAAGAUGUAAAGAUAAGAAAUAUUGUAAGUUCUCUUCUCUCUAUGUAUCGAGAAGGACACUUGGGAGAAAAAUUGUGUUGGAAUAGAAGAUAGGUCACAAUUUCCCACAGAACGUAGACCUAUAGGAUGGGUCCGGUUUGGACAAAGGAGAUGGCGGCUUCUAUAUUGAAAGAAACUUGCCACUUUUAAGCAAUUCUGUUAACACGUAUAUGAUGGUUCGGUUCGAUGAGACCGGAACUGCAUGUAUGUGUUAGGGUAUGUUCACACUGAGGAAUUGGAGAGAAAUUUACUUGAGUAAUUCCGCUUGCAAUCAUCCUUAACCUGUUGGGGACGGAGGGUGUAUGGGUACUCCCUUGCAUCCCGGUACUUAAGGACGAAGGGCGUACCUGUACGCCCUUGUCCCGUUCCUGGAAUUUGAAGCGCGCUCACUAGCAGAGCACGUGUCAAACCCGGUGGAUCCUGACUGCUAUCAGCAGCCAGGACCCAGGGUUAAUGCCGGGCACCGCCGAUUGGGCCGAUGCCCGGCAUUAUAAAUAUGAAAAUAAAACGUCCCGGCAGCUGAGCGGAGCUGAUCGGGACCAUUGCGAUGUACCGAUCUGCUAACUGGACAGCAGGAGGGUCCUCAUCUGCCUCCUCACUGUCUGAUCUGUGAUCUGCUGCUCCAUGCCCAUUCCCAUUUUUUAAAUAAAAUCUAAAAUAAUCAAAUGAGGUGACGCCGCGUGCGUAAAUCUUCAAACUAUUAAAAUAUAAGGGUAGUUAAACCGCACGGUCGAUGGCGUACACGUAAAAAAGUACCAAAGUCCAAAAUUGUGCAUUUUUGGUCACUUCAUAUACCAUAUAAAAAUUAUAAAAAGCGAUCAAAAAGUCCCAUCAAAACAAAAAUGGUGCUGAUAAAAACUACAGACCACGGCACAAAAAAUGGGUCCUCAUAUAGCUCUGUACGCAGAAUAAUUUAAAAAGUUGUAGGGGUCAGAAGAUGACAAUUUAAAACAUACAAAUUUUGGUGCAUGUAGUUAUAAUUUUUUUUAAAGUAUUAAAAUAAAAUAAAACCUAUCCUUGUAACUGUAUGUACCUACAGAAUAAAGAAAAGGUGUCACUUUUACCGAAAAGUGCACUGCGUAGAAACGGAAGCCCCCAAAAUUUACAAAAUGGCGUUUUUGUUUUUUUCACCCCCACAAAUGUUUUUUUUUUUUUUUUUGGUUUCGCCACAGAUUAUGUUAUAGAAUAAGUGUUCUCAGUACAAAGUACAAUUGGUGCAAAAAUAAAGCCCUUAUAUGCAUCUGUAAGUGAAAAAAUUUCAAGCGUUAUGAUUUUUAGAAGGGGAGGAGGAAAAAAUGAAAGUGCACAAACAAAAAUUGGCCUCGUCCUUAAAGGGGUACUCCGCUGCUCAGCAUUCGGAACAAACUGUUCCGAACGCUGGAGCUGGCGCCGGGAGCUUGUGAUGUCAUAGGCCUGCCCCUCAUGACGUCACGCCCUGCCCCCUCAAUGCAAGUCUAUUGGAAGGGGCGUGACAGCUGAGUAGCGGAGAACCCCUUUAAGGUCAAAAUGGGCUUCGUCCCCAAGAGGUUAAAUGAAAAUUCCAUUGAUUUUAAUGGACUUUCUGCUACCCUGUUCACACUGAGGAAUUUGAAUUCUGUUUCGUCUGAAGAUUGAACAUGUUCAUUCUUCAGGCUAAAAGACCCUAUUGAAGUCAAUGGGAUUUUUCUUCCCUGAUGAAAUGAGUUUCAAACUGCAUUUACACGGAAUUUCCCCUCCCACAGCAUUUCCUUCUCCUCCUCCUCCUCUAAUCCUCUUCUUUUCCGUGAAAGGGAGAAAAUGGCAAAAUUCAACAUUUUCCUGACCAAAAUUAUUUAUUUUCAAUUCCUCUCCAAGUCCUGAGUGUAAAAAGGAUUGCCAAAUUAAGAACCAUGAACUCUAAAUAUCGAGUUCCAAGUUUCUUUCUUCAAUGUACACGGAUUGGGAUCCUACUUGGUCACCAUCUGACUAGGAGAGGCCUACUUGGGCACCAUCUGACUAGGAGAGGCCUAUUUGGGCACCAUCUGACUAGGAGAGGCCUACUUGGGCACCAUCUGACUAGGAGAGGCCUAUUUGGGCACCAUCUGACUAGGAGAGGCCUACUUGGGCACCAUCUAAUUAGGAGAGUGCCAUAUCUUCUAUCAUAUGUUUCUACGUUUAUGCUCAAUAAAGUAUAAGCAACCCAAAAGGAAAUCAGUCACAUUGAACAUUGUGUGGGUAGCAUGUUAUAGAGCAGGAAGAGAAAAUUAAUAUAUAAUGGUGCCGAUCUUGUAAGAAUCUGUAGAGCUUGUGAUUCAUUAAUCUUAUAUUUCUGCUCAUUAUGGGUUUAGAAGUCCAGUGGUUGGUCCUACUCAUUGGUUGACAGCCUUCCCUGUAUGUGAAUACAGUGACAACUGUCAAUCAUUAUUAUAGGACUUCCCACUGGACCCCUAAUCCCAGAAUGAGCAGAUUUAAAUAAUAACAAUAAAAAAACAAAUGAUAUUAAAUCUAAUCAACAAAUUAUAUAUCAAUCUGCUCAGCUCCUUCUACUCUAUAACAUGUUCAGUGUGGCAGGUUUUCUUGACAUGUCAGAAAAUAACAUGUGGUCCAUGGACUGAAAUCUCAGCCGAUCACAACCAUUGAUAUUAAUUAUACUGUAAUGGAAAUCAAUGGGGGGAAAGCAACGUAGUAUGGUUAUGGGUAGAUCACCAAUAUGUCUUUAUCCCUGUUAUCAAUGAGCAUCCCAGCUCACAGACCACUUACGAUUACCAUCUUCUGAUGGUCGCUAAAGGUGCUUAUAUCCUUUUAUGAACCUUCAUUGACUUUUGCUGGUCCCAUUUUGGUUUCCAUCACUAAAUGUUGACCUACAUUUAGGUCAUUUUGUGGUCAGUACUUUAUGAGACGAAAUGUUGAACAAGCGAGAUAGAUGCAGUUGUGGGGAAAAAAAAGUCAGCGUUAACUUACCACUUCAGGUUGUCAGAAGAUAGAUUCUGGGUUUUGCCAAGUUUUUGGGUUGGAUAUAAAAAACGAACGAUGAAAACGAAUAAUUUCUAGCAAGGAAUCAGUCACAAUCUCUCUGAACACCAAUUACUAUACGUAUAAAUUGUGGCAGCUUAAGAUCAGUGAAGGGCAUACACUGCAUGAAAGGAAGAGGGUUCAGCCGACCAAUCAGAAUCCUUUGUCUACAAACAUCUGAUUAGUCGUAAUGGAACCUUUUCCUGUAUUUGAAUUUCUUUGUUUUUUUUAUGUGCCCUAUGUUUUGCACUUACUUGACUCGUGUCUUGCCAACGACAUCAUAUAUUUUUGUAUGGUUUAUUUUUUCAUGUAAUUCAGGUUCAACCCUUUGCUAGAGAAUACUGAGGGUUGGGUGCAGUCACUACAUGGCAGCUGACUAUUCUCCCUGUGACUGCCCUAAAGAAGAGGGUGACCUCCUAGUGUUAUAAUCUUUUGCUCAUUAUUAUCUCCUAAGAAUUUAGCAAUAUUUGCUUGUAUUGGACAACAGAAAUGGACAGCCCCUGUGUUAAGUCUUGUGUGCCUAUCGUAGCCAUAUUGGGGGAGAUUUAUCAAAACCUGUCCAGAUUAAAAGUUGCCCAUAGCAUCCAAUCAGAUCGCUUCUUUCAUUUUUGAAAAGGCCUCUGAAAAAUGAACGAAGUGAUCUGAUUGGUUGCUAUGGCCAACUCAGCUACUCUUCCUCUGGACAGAUUUUGAUAAAUCUCUCCCACUGUGGGCUGAAAAAUGUAUGUAUUCAAACAUAAGAGGUGCGUCUUGUUUAAAGGAACACUCCAGGCACAGACACUGUCUUAUGUUUAUUGUGGGAUUCUAAGGAAACGGUGCAUGACACAUUGAUUCCAAAAACACCAAAAACAGAGUGCCUGUGUAAUACAUACCUCCUAAAAAAUUUUUCCUAUAUUUUACCCAAUAUUUGCAAGUAUUACAACUUGCUACACAGAGUGCGGAGAUAAUUGCUUCCCACCCAGUUCUCGUUGUACUGUGGGAACCCAACAGCUGAUCAGUAAGGGGUGCCAGGCAUUGGCACCCUAAUGAUCAGCCAUUAAUAGCCUAUCCUGUGGAUAGGCUGCCCAUAAUUAUUCCUAGAAACCUCCUUUACGACACAGUGGAUUGGGUCAUGUGAUCAUUUCAGCCAGUUAACUUAGGCUCCAUUAACGUUAUGUUUUCAGGUCUCCAUCAACUGUAUCGCAACCUGUCAAAAAGGAAUGCCAAUUGGAAUCUAGCACCAACAGCUGAUCAGAGGGGGGUGCCAGUGCCAGGUAUUGGCACCCUAACGAUCAACCAUUGAUAGCCUAUCUUGUGGAUAGGCUGUCCAUAAUUUUUCCUAGAAACCUCCUUUAAGACAAGAUGGAUUGGGUCAUGUAAUCAUUUCAGCCAGUUCACAUUAUGUACUCAGGUCUCCAUCAGCUGUAUCGCAUCCUGUCAAAAAGGAAUGUCAAUUGGCACGUAGACUUGAAUGGGCCGAAUGUUGUCCAAGUGUGACUACAUUUUUUUUUUCCUAGCAUAUACAAUGUAUGUGCGGGACUUAAAAAUGUGAUGGGCCCCAUUUCAAGUCCUGCAUAGGAGCCUUAGAAAGGAGAUGCAAAUGGCGCCCAAGAUGGAUGUGCUAUCUUGUGGCCAACCCUAAUGUUGGUGUGGAUCCUACAGCAGGUGCUAUUCUACCAACCAACCAGCAUCAGAGAAUACCUUACUUUCAAAGAUAUUUUUCCUUAUGAAUUAAUUUUCAUAGUUCAAAUUUGUAUAAAAACUUGAGUAACUUCAUAUGCACUUUCUGUAACUUUUCUUGUACUAAUUUGGUGCUUCGCUUUCUUCUUCUCCAUUAAUACCCCAAGUAAAGGUAAAAAAAAGUUGUAAGUUUCUUGUUAUCUGCAUGUAUUCUGCUUCCAUUCAUGUGACCUAACAUCUGAGGUCCCACAAUGCACUGCUUUCUGGAAGUCCACUAGAAUAUGUAAUUUUCUGCCAAAAGGGAGUAAAAAACAUCCUAAAAUUUAUAUAAAAAAGUGCAAGAUAAAUAAAACAAAGUAUUUAGAAAAAUGUUCAAUAUGUUAUUGAGGUUCAGACUAUGGGAUGAUAUAAGUAUGUUAUGCAAAAGUGGAGUUUUCCUUUAAAGGGGUUAUCUUAAAAUGAAACGUGAAAAUCACUUAUGAUCGGUAAGUCCAAUUCCUGGGAACCCGACUAAUAAGAACUGAAGUCAAUUGAUCCCUCAGUAAAUGGAGCAUGCUCAGCUACCACUCAAUUCUCUCUCUAUGGAACUUUUGAACAUUGCUGGAAAUGCCAUAAUGGAGUGGUGGCUGAGCAUGCAAAUAGUUGCUCCUCACUUGGGGGACAUCUCACCUCUACGCUGGUGAUCGGUGGAGGUCCCAGCUGUCGGACCCCCCACUUAAUCAGCUGUAGAUAGGGGAUAACUUCUAAUCUUGGGAUAACCCUUUUAAACGAAAAACCACAAAUGUGAACAAAUUAUGCCCAAAACAUGGCCGCCCUCAAUGUAUAUAGGAAUGCCCCUGAUUUAACCAUUUCUUUGGUACCUGGUCAUGAAUAAGAAUCAGCAAAGCGGACAGAACCCAAACAAUAUACAAGUGGAUUCUGUCAAUAAUUUGUGACUUCCUAAGAUGAUCAAAUAAAGUAAAAUAUUGUAAAUUGUGAAGUCAGCCAAUCAGAGUCUUUAUCUCGUUAAAUGUUAAGAUUGGCACUUUUUGGUUUGCCGACAAUUGUAAAAUUACAAGCUAUGGGUAUGCCUGCGGCUGUCAGGGCAUGCUGAGAGUUGUAGUUUCGCAACAGCUAGACGGUCAUGGGGUAGAGAUUACUGGUUUUCUAGCCAUCUCUUGAGUUCUUCCAUAUUUUUUAUUGUCCAUCUUACAAAAUAUGCACUAACACCCAGCGCACAAUGGGUUUCAUGCCCCAAUCAAGUCACAGAGAAAAAGUACCCCCCCCCCGGCAACCAAUCAGAUUCAAGGCCUGUUCACACUACAGGAUUUUCACAAGGAAAUUCUGUGUGGACUCCGCUUGCAGCAGACUCCUAUUGAACUUAAUGGGAUUCUCCUGUGAAGUACACACUACCAAAGUUUUGUAGCGCCAAGUUUUGGAUUCCACAAGAAGAUUAACCAUGUUUAAUCUUUUGGAGGAAUCCACUGGAGAAGACCCAACACUGCGCUGUGUUGAAUGGAACGGCACUUACAUUAAAGUGCCAAUUCUAAUGAAAGCUGCUUUAAGUGGAAUCUGCAUGGAAUUUACUUCUGGAAAUUCUGGAAGGAAUUUCCGUAGUGUAAAAAAGGCCUAAAACUUUUCUUUUUCUCAAUUCAGAAUGGAAAAUUAAAGCUGAACUCUGAUUGGUUGCUGUAGUCAACAGGAUCAUCUGAGGCAAUGGCCAAUGGUCAUUUGUUUUACUGCAUAAAAUAAAGCAUUUGCCUGUGAUAGCCAAUCAGAUGGCAGCUACUUCAGGUUAGAAAAUGAAAGCUGUUCUAUGAUUGGUUGAUGCUGGCAACUAGACUACCUAAAGGGGUAUUCAAGCCACUAAAAACAUUUCUUCUAUCUACCGGGUAGGAGGGGGUCUAUCUUCUGUGCUCCAUUCAUUUAUAUAGGAACGACUAGAGUACAGUGCUUGGAUAUCUCCAUUGGCUCUAUAGAGAAAAUAUGUCCACCCACCACUCUAUUUAGCAGGGAGAGUCGGGUAACCAUUCUCAAUGGAGAGGCCUAUCAGUAAGACCCCUCGUGAUCAGACAUUUAUCCCCCUACCCUAUGGCUGAAAUACCCCUUUAAACAAGAGGUUCAAAGUUAAUGUACAAAGGAUAAAGCAGUUGCCUAUAGCAACCAAUCAGAUUACAGUUUACAUUUACUAACCUGCAAAAACCAAUGGUUGGUUGCUAUGGUAACUCUGCUACAUAUAGUCUGCACUGGUUGAGGCCUCAAGCAGCCAUUUUGUGGGGUAAUCUGUAAAUUGACAUCCACACAAAGGUUUUUUUCAGCACAAAAAAUGUCCGCCUCCUUCUUAGCAACACAUUCCAAUUAUUGUUCAUAAUGUUUUAGCAUUAAUAAAUUAACGUUGCUAUGCAAGUUGUUUUUUUUUUUUCUUUAGCCUUUUAUAUCCAGGUUCACACAUGGCGUCUUUUAUGUGCUGCAUUACCAUUAACGGCGCCACUUUCUUAACUGUCAAUUAAUAAUGGAAAUGUGUUUAUUUACCCAAUUCUGAGGAGUAUUUAAUCUGUUAUGUGUUUCUGUCCAAUAAUGUGUUUUAAGACCUCUGUUUGCUGUCGGUGAAUAGAAUCACUCUUAAACCCAGAGCUCAUUGCGCCGCACCGAAAUGUGCCAUGUGUGAAUCCGGCCUCACUCUAUUCUGUAAGAUUUGGCGCUGGUGCAGCUUCUUGCUGACAACAGAGGUCAGAAGGAGGAGCUGUGAAUGUCCAGACGUCCGGUGGAUGACGCUGUCCUAUCAUGUCCUGGAGCCUUGAGACUUGUUCUAUGUUCUACAGGACUUUGUCCUUUCAAUUUGAGAAUAUCUUGUACGUAUGUUUAACACGAUGCUGCAAUACAAGUGAUGUAUGAAAAUAAAUUGUCUAUAAAGA